UGCUGUCUCAUCGUAAACAAUAUUAACAUUGAUAAGCGCUUUUACAAUUGCUCAAAAAAAUGAACCACACAGCAGACAAACCUCGACAAAUCGGAUUCGACAGGCAGUUUUCAGCGGACGUGAAUGGCGUCCCCACGGAGAUAGUGUUCCACUGCUUCGCCAAGAAGUGGUUUUUAGUCAUAACGCAGCUCGGCAAGAUUCCCGGCAUCUACAACGUGCACUUCGAUGUCAAAAAGGACGAAAGGGUGGUUCCCUAUCUGCACGGACCAGUGGACAAUCCGGAGUUCCACGUAUCGGUGCCCAUCACGAUGAACUGCUGCUUGGGCUUGGACACUGACGAGACCCGCAGCGCCAUCCAGUUUCUGGUCAACAGAACCGGACUCCACAAGUGCCCGACGGAGUUCGUGGUGGGCUUGGGUCUCAAGCAAAUCGACGGACCCAAUCUUCGUGCCCUAGCAAAGAUCCUCGAGGAGGCGUUAUUCUAGUCUACGUUCGUUAUAUACAAUAAAUAUUAGCUGUAUGACAGCUUUUGUAAAAAAAAA